AUGUCUUCAGGACAAUAUUAUACAGAUUAUACAGAAAAGGAUUCCUUUUUCGUUGAUUCUAAUGAAAAUAUAAAAAUCGAAGUUUUACAUUUUCCUCCCACUAAUAUCAUAUCGAAUUAUCCACCAAUUAUAUUCAUUCAUGGAGCAAAUAUUGCGGCUUGGGCUUGGGAUAAUUUUUGUCGAUGGUUUUCAAAUAAAGGACAUGAUUGUUACGCUAUGAGUUUUCGAGGACAUGGAAAUA